CCUGUUACUCUGGUUGUGACACUAGAGCUUUUCAGGAAGAGCCAUGGCCUCAGCCACAGCUACCACGAAGAUGAGGGAGGAAGCCACAUGUUCCAUCUGCCUGGAGCUGAUGACAGACCCCUUGAGCAUCAACUGUGGGCACAGCUUCUGCCGUAGGUGCAUAGAGGACAUCCUGGAAAACUGUGAUCCUAUGACAUCAUCCCAGGAGAAUUUCCCCUGCCCCCUGUGUCGGACACCAUUCCGAAGGCAGAGUCUCCGGCCCAACAGGCAGCUGGAGAACCUCAUUGAGAGCAUCCGAGAGCUGGAGCAGGAGAGGCUGUGUGAGGAGCAUGGGGAGCAGCUGCACCUGUUCUGUGAGGACGACGGGCAGCUCAUCUGCUGGCACUGUGAGCGGUCCCCCCGGCACAGAGGACACAACACGGCGCUUGUGAAAGACAUAUGUCCAGGCGACAGGGAAGAGCUCCAGGAAGUCUUGACAAAACUGACGGCAUUACAAGAAGAGUGCAAGAAUUGGAUUUUUAUCACCAGUGAAAAAAUAGAAGAAUGGGAGGAGAAGACAAACCUGCAGAGACAAAAAAUCCAGUGUGAUUUUGAGAAGCUCCACAUUUUCCUUUGUGAAAAAGAGAAGUAUUAUCUUCAGGAAUUAGAGAGAGAAAGAAAACAGACCCUGAAGAGACUGCAGGACAGCAAGGCCAGUCUGGCAAAGCAAUAUCAUGAAGUUGACCGUCACAUCCUAGAGCUAGAGAAGAAAUAUCAGAGCUCAGCCCAGAAGUUGCUUCAGGAUGUGAAAGACACCUUGAGCAGGACUUCAGCUGUGAAGUUGGAACCACCAGAGGACAUCUCUUUGGAGAUUUCUACUGCGCACAACUUUUCUAAGAUUUUCUCUGAUAUGAAGAAGACGUUUCUGGCUCCUGGUCAGGAUGGCAGCACUGUGAAACAUGGGGCCUGUCAGGGGCAGAAUGGGGUGGACUUAGGGACUGAAAUGCAUGGCUCCUGUGGCCCCCAGUGCCAGCGCAGGCCCCAGGGCCACAUCAAGUUGAGGAAGCCCUGCAGGCCUCCCCAGGAGCAGACCAGCCCUGGAUGCCACGGCCCCACUGCCAGCAACUCACAGCCCAGCACCACCGAUGACCCUUGCCAGGGAUCAUCUCAGGAGGAGACCCAGUGAGGCUCCCUGCAGGAUGCUUUUGGGUAGCCACAGCUCCCAACCUGGAGAGCAGCUCCAGAUUCCUUGCCAGGGAGCAGCAUUUCCACCCUGACAUCCUGGUGACCCCACCCUGACCUACCAGAAGACUUGACAUGACAGUGCGGCAGAGUUCACAGACUUGGAGGGGAGGCUUGUCUGAUGGGGCGCCAUGACACUAAGGACUCUGUGGAGACUUUACUGAGGCCUGCCGGUUCCUCAGGAUGGUGAGGCAAGGGCUGCAUCCUGGAGCCCCUUCCCCCAGCAGCACACAGGAACUGCAGGGGUUCAGGCAACAGGGCCUGGGAGCUGAAUCUCAAAAUGGCCUCCUUAAGAAAACCCAGACCCCAUUGUGAUCUUCGUGAUGAUUCCCAGCAGGGCUUGGUCAGCCUGGACACUAGUCAGCUGGAAAAUGAAUUCAUGUAAUCAAAUACAAUCAUAGAUUCUAAAAAUUCUAUAGGUAUUUUCCUUCAAGUUUUGACACUUUUUUUCCAAAGAGCUCAGUCACCCAUAGACAUGGAGUUUAGCAAUGAGUUAGUUGCAUAAAUGAUAGGAUCAUGUGGUCUCUUUUCUCUAAUCUGAUAGUAUGGCAUUCAUGCUAACUCACUCUCUAGUACAAUACUAUAGUUGCAUUCUCAGGAAGAGCUAAAUAUGUAUAUAUCUGAUACCCAAAUAUAAAGAUGUCCUGAAAAUCAUAAUUGUGCUGUAAUUCCGUUGCCUCGUAAGGGUCCAUUGCAUGGAGUAUUUAGCAAAUAACCCACUGCCCAAGCACGAAUCCUGACACUAGAAAAUGUCAGGGUCAGGCACCAGCCAAAUCUAGGCACACAGAGGAAGCAGUUGCUCAAAGGCGCAGAUAUUUGGGACUGAUAACUACAUGACUUGUUUGUCACCACUGGUUACCCUGAGCAGAAAAUAAGCUUCAGUUCCUUGUCAAAAUUUUCUACCUGAUCAUUUCUCCCCGCCCCAUGUAGGCCUAUAAAAACCCCUCUUACUCAUCCCUAUUGCAACUCUGCCACCCCUUGGUUCAGAGCCUGGUCCAGCAACUGGCCCUUGAUUAAACCUCCAAGACCAUGUAUGUGGUUCUUGGCGACCUUUCAGAAAAUGAAGACAAUUUAGCUGCCAUCUAUACCCUGAUAGUGGUGUGACCUUGGCUGGAAUGAUGGGAAGACCCUUGUUAGAUAGUUGUGGAGAGUCUGCCCACACACCAGGCUUUCUCACAUAUAAAGUGAGACAGAUUUUCUUGUUAAUGGCACUGCUGCAGAGACCUUCCACCUACCAGUUCUCUGAUGAUGACAUCAUAUAUUAGCUUGUCUCAUUGAUAUUUAAAACACCCCAAUUUAUAGAUCUUCAUAGUAUGAUGUAAACGCAUUUUAUUUUCUGAUACUUUAUAUAUUUCAUCAACCUCUUUAUUGUUGGUUUC